AGGAGUUUGAAGUUCGAAUCGGCGACCUUCCGGCUAUUGCUUUUCCAGCCAGUCAGAGCGCAGAAAUUUCCAUGAUCAAAACUUCGACGAGAAACCACUACCGGAGCAAUACACUCUACAAAGUCCAGGAUUUGUUGCAAUCUUCUACCCUGACGUCCGAGGUUGAUUAUCCUGACCUACAAGCAACUUAUGUGGUUCCGUCUACCUUCGCUCUCCUUGACAACUGCACUUCAGGCACUCACCAAGAUGUGUUUAAUUUCUCUAACUCGUAUGCCUACGAGAUAGUAACCGCUAAUUACUUGUGUAUUGAGCGAGUGCGGAAUGUUACAUGGAUCCAUGAUUUAUACCUGCCUGCGCGCGUUCCUGUCAACAUCACUGUCCUAGCUCAUCCCGGAAUUAAUGUCACACAUGUGAUUGGGUAUGGUAACGCAACCCUAACUUACCAACAAGAACGAGUUGAUCAUAACGUAACGUAUGCUGUACUUUUUAACGACACUGGUAAUUAUUCUCUAACGCUGACAGCUUUUAAUUUGCUCGGACUUGAGGCCAAGAGAUGUUACGUGAUUGUUAUCGAGAGAAUCUUGGCGAUGGAAAUCAUAAAACCGCUACCAACAAAACACAGCUAUGUCACGCAAAUUCAAUGGACGGUUCAUAAUGGCAGCGAUAUCCAAUGUAACGCAAGCCUUGGAGAGGGAACCUUUCGUCAGACGACGCCAAGAAGUGUGACCGGCGUAGAAUUGAUGACAAUGAAUUAUACUUAUCCACUCGCUGGUGAAUACUUUUCUAACUUAACCUGCUUCAACCCUGUCAGUAGUCUGUCUAACUACACGUUUGUUGUGGUGGAACUCCCAAUUAAUGGUUUAAUAGUCUAUGUUAUUCACGUAGCAAGAGACAUCGAGGUGAAUGAAACAAUAGAAGUAGUCGCGGCCAUCACCCAAGGAACAAACCCUAUAGCUCUGAUUGACUUUGGAGAUGGGACUUCAAACCUGACUCGUACAUUGAGGAGCUUCAAAUCUUACCCAACAUGGGGGUUCUUUACUUCGAAUGUUACUGUUUACAACAAUGUCAGCUCUAUGAAUUAUUCUUUGGUUAUCCAGGUUCACAAACCAGUAUUUCCCAUCAAUAUUACGCACAUCACAACCAAAGAUACAAACUUCUCGAACCCAAAUCCUUUCAUGAUGAAUAUUUCGUCCGGGAAUGAUUUCAUCUGUGACUGGGAUUUUGGCGACGGUGUGGUUAAGCGAAGAGCUAGCAACUUCAGCACCUUAGGGCGUCUGGUUUACCAUAAUUACAACUUGGAUAAGUGCUUUAAUGGGAAAGCUAAUUGUAGUAAUCGCCUUUACAACCAUGAGAGGGUUUUCACCGCAUGUGUCUACCAUCCCAUUACGAAUCUAACUUUCCUCGUCCCUUCUGCUUAUCCCAGUAGUAACAUAGACAUGAAUAUAUCUUUCCAAGCCGUUCUGGGAACUUCCGUCAGCUAUAACAUUACAUGGAAGCAUCUUCUAGGAAGCCAGAUAAAUAUUCCCGCUACGGUUUCUGCUGACACAAAAAGUGGAAGUGCGUCAAUACCUCAAGGUAAUUUCCCCGGAAUCGGGAUAUACAUUGCUGAACUCAGCGCCAUCAAUCAAGUUACCCCAAAAGUUGUCGUGACGAAAACUGUCAACGUGGAAAUUCCGAUCCUGAAUCUUUGCGCUCAGGCCAGCCAUGUUUACGUCCAAGUCGGCCUACCUGUUCAUUUCUAUGCUUCUGUUGAUGCUGGUUCCAACGUGACUAUGACCUGGAACUUCCAAGAUGGAUUCAACCAGACCGACCUAUACAGAGGUGAUACUCUGAGGAUAACAGGCAAUAAUGUCAGUCAUUCGUUCGCGCAUCAUGGUAUAUACAAAGUGUUAGGGACCGCAACCAACCCCUUGGGUAGUCACUCUGCUGUGGCUGUCGUAUAUGUCCAGUACCCAGUAAAGAACCUUGUAGUUAGUACAAACAGCCCACAGAUAAUCCCUUUGGGAGAGACAUGGUUCACUCUUACGGUUGCCACCGGUGACCAUCCUCCGACGAACGCGACCAUCGAUGUGGACUACGAACUUAAUGGGGUGGACAGGGAUAUCGUUUUCGGUAUGAAUAAUACAAGUAAUUUUUCAAAAACCAUCACCGUACCAGGAAUAUACUUUGUGAAUUUGACAGUGAGCAACAAAGUUAGCUCUCAGCAGCUCAAUACCACUUUUGAUGUUCAGAGAGAAGUCAAAGACUUCGUAGUGACGCCUGCGCAUACUGAUGGAGAUUUAGGGUUUGGCGCACCUGGUAGAGGACCCGCAAACAACGUGUUUCCGAGGGAGUAUCCAAUAAGGUUCAAUGCGAGCACAAGCGAUGGCUCAAAUGUCACUUUCUUCGUGAGUUACGGCGAUGGGGCAACAAAUGUCACCCAGUUUUAUAACACCUCUCAUUUCUACCCAACCAAAGGAACCUUCAUUGUCACCGUCAUUGCCAACAACUCUGUCAGCCAAAUGAAAUACAAUACAACCAUAGUUCUGAUGGACAGCAAUGUUAAUCUCACUUUUGAUAAUGACAGUCCAACAAUGUACACAGAUUGGACAGCCAUCACUAUCCUUCUGGAUAAAAUCGGAGAUAAUGCUUGCUGCCUUGUGGACCUAACGAACAAUACAUAUAGAAUAUACAAGGACAAGCCAAGUACAGUCUGCAGACCCGACUGGGCAUCUCUGACAAAAGACCAACACGUCUUACCAUCCAAACAAAACAUUUCUGUCACUUUCUCCUUUAAAUUUUGGCAGUUGAUUUACUACUGGAUCACGACGUCUUGUCACAACACUGUUUCCUACCUUGAAGAAUAUAAGUGGGCCAUCAUUGUGCCAUUGCCAUGUAAUUUCCCUUCAGUAGAGAUUCUAGACUUGGGCAGAUCGUAUUCCAAACCCAGAAGGUUUUAUCGCUCGGAGAGUAUUAAACCAUACUCGGAUGCUUCCAUCAUCUGCUAUGCGUCAAGAGAAUCUCAGUUUGAAUGGGAAAUCAACGAGGUCGACGGCUUCAGCAAUAGACGCAGGAUUACUGAUCUAUCUCAAAACAGCACGACAAAUCGUUCUAUCUUAGUACUCCCUGAACGAUCUCUUCCUUAUGGGAUCUAUUUACUUCAGGUGAACGUAAGUAUGGUGGGACUGCCCUUGGUCUAUACGUCUCGUGCGGCAUACGCAGAGAUCAUGCCAUCGCCUUUGCAAUGCUUUGUUUAUGGUGGCAACGGAUGGUCACAGUCUGUACACCGUGAUAUCAUCCUCAAUGGUCAAUUUUCCUUCGAUCCUGAUGAAGAACCUUCAAACCAAACUUCAGGAAUGCAAUAUUUCUUGUACUGCAAAAAGGAACAUAGCAAUUACACCUUUCCAAAUAAUCCCAUAACAGACGUAACAGAGCUGGCCAACGGGGGUAGUGGGUGCAUUAACAGAGAAGCAGGGCUUGCCUCUAAUGGUUUGAGCAUCAAAACCUAUGAUAACGGUUCUUUUAAAGUGAACGAUUCGCUGCAGUUCCGACUUUAUUGUCUGAAGGGCUCUCGAUUGGGAUUCUUUGACGCCUUUGUCAAGAUGACGGAAACAGAUCCACCUCAUUGUGCUUUAACCAUGGAUGGUCUAACCCUCAAACGCUUGGUCAUUACCUCGACUAAAAUAACUAUAAAAGCCAUCUGCAAACUAUGGGGCAAUGAUCCGUCCGGGUUACGCCUUUCCUGGACUCUGUAUAAACAAAACAACGAAAGUAAAUGGGACACUUUAGACAUCCAACAAUAUGUCCAUUCUCCUACUAACAGGAAGAAUCUGGUCAUACUUGCGAAUGUUUUAGAUGGGUGCGCAUCAUACAUGGCAAAGCUUAGAGCUCAGACAAAGAGUGGACCUAUCGGAUAUACCUAUAUCAUACUUAACACCCACUGCCCACCGCGAUGGGGGAAUUGCAGUGUGACACCAACACGAGGAACACCUGAGACAAACUUUACUUUCAUCUGUGAGAACUGGAAAGAUUCCCAGAACGAAAGCUAUCUUCACUAUAAUUACUAUUACAAUGUCGCACCGUAUAACCUGCCUGUGUUGUUCGCCAAAACUGGGAAAGAAACUACAGGGUUGAAACAUCUUCCUGCGGGACUGCAGGCUUUUGAUUAUGAAGUCGAGGUGAGAAUUGAUAUCAUGGAUAAAGAGGGAGCGGUUACGAGACAGAAUCUUCGCGUGAAGGUUGAGCCACAAAGAGAUGAUUCCUCGCGGUCACCCUGCAUAACGCUCAAAAGUGACAUCCAGAAGAAUGGAUACCUGGUGCAGCUUGAAAUGGAAGAUAAUUCGAGGAAUCUCAACGCAUGGUACUUGCAAAAGCUGUAUCUUUUGAACAGUGAAUCACACCGCAGACUUCCAGUCCAGAAAAACCUUACCUCUACACUACAAGAGAUCCAGACCUUCCUGGACGAGCUUCCUACUCUCGAUCCACCAGGUACCGCACACCCCAAAACAGCAGACGUGGAAAGCAUAGAAAACGAACUGAAGUCACUGUUGAGCAAAUCGCAAGAAUGUUGUCAGAUUCGUGAAAGGAUUGCCAAAUCUCUGAUCAACAUCCAACUUGAUUCCCUUUCAACCAUUCAAAUGACAUCUGCCUCAAUGUUUCUAUUGACAAGCCAACCCGACGAUCAGUGUGUUGAAGUGCAGGUUCUUUUAGUCGUCAUGCUACAAAAGAUGAUGAGCUUCUUCCAAGUGGAGUCAGAGUCUGCCAACUUUAACGAGCUUUCAAAAGCAAUAGCUUCCUUUGCACAGGCGUCAGCAGGAAUUUUGCAUGGCUUUGCUACCAUCAUUCAUAAAGCUAACUCAGGCAACACAACCGCAGACCUGAACCACGUUGCAAUGGCCAAGUACUACUCUGGCGUGGUUCUAGAGCUGAUCAGGAACACAACUGACACAAUCCAGUGCUGCAUCUCACAGAACGAAUUCCCAACACGAAUAUUCAGCCCAGAAAUUAACUACACCAUCAGCAAAAACACCCUUGAUUCUUUAGACGGCUUGCUUCUCUAUUCUGGCAGCGGCCAAGUUGCUAUUCCUGAAGGUUUUGCCAGUACAGUCGUUGGAGGAAACUUGAAUGACACGACUCGGGUCGUCACUUCAAAAUCCAUAGUGUUUCUGGAAAACCCUUUCACUGGUGACAACUCUUCCAGUAACGUACACAGUUAUGUCAGUGAUUUCAAACUAGGAAACGACACAGGUUCCAUUGUGAUUGGAAACCUGACCAAACCACUUGAACUGUGGAUACAAAAGAAGGGUUCGCGUACCAACUGUCAUCAGGGUACACUCAGGUAUCACGAGACACAUUACAUCCAGUUCACAGUAGCCAGGAAUGAGAGUUCAAUCAACAUUGAUGUGUUAGACUUACUAAACUUGGUAGACAGACCAGAAUUUGCGGUCUCGCUUAAGAGAAACGUUAGGCCAAAUGGAGAUGAUGAAUGGCAAAGCUUGCCAACCGUAGACAACCAAGGAAGGAACAGCAAUUCUCUGUUAUUUUCGAGCAACCGAUGGAAUAACAGUGCUGCAGGGGACUACUACGUGGCCGUGAAAUACAACAGAACACUGGCAAACAGAGAAAUAUCUGAGGAGAAUGGCAACAAUGCGCUGAACUAUUCGUUGUGUGCUUUUACAUCGGAGUGUAUUUAUUGGGAUAAAGGUGUGGAGAAAUGGACGGGCGAAGGAUGCAAGGUUGGUCCCGACUCAAACCUUACUCACACCCAGUGUCUCUGCACCCACGCCACGUCCUUCGCCAGUGACUUCGUCGUGCCGCCCAACAAGAUCGACUGGAGUAAAAUAUCACUGGAUGAACUUUUUAAGAACUUCCUGGUGACAGCCAUACUCUUGACAGCUAUUGGUUUAUAUUUCCUGCUCUUGAUUCCAGCCAGGAGACAAGACCUCAAGGACUUGGAAAAGAUUGGUGUCAUCCCGAUUCCAUCCAAUGACCCGCGGGAUACUUACGGGUAUGAGGUUUGCUUAUACACGGGAUUCCAGGCGGGAAUGGGAACGACCGCUCAAGUGACAAUCAUCAUGUCAGGAUCAAAGGAACAGACUCAGCCAAGGAUCCUUACAGACACUGUUGGCACGAGACCAAAGUUUUAUCGAGGUGCAGUUGACAGCUUUCUUGUGACAACUCCAUAUGAUCUUGGUGAACUUGGAUCCAUAAAGAUUUGGCACGACCAUGGCGGGAAUAAUCCGUCUUGGUUUCUGUCGCGUCUGUACAUCCGGGACCUACAGACUGACAAAAAGACGUGGUACAUAUGCAACCGCUGGCUUGCUGUUGAGGAAGACGAUGGAAAAAUCGAAAGAGUCUUGAACACCGCUACAAAUAAAGAACUCACAAGCUUCAACCUUCUCUUUUCCACAGAAGCAAGGAAGAAUUUUUCGGAUAGCCAUUUGUGGUUUUCAGUCUACAACCGGCCGCCUCAGAGCACGUUCACUAGGGUACAGCGCAUGACAUGUUGUCUUUGUAUUCUUCUAAGCACUAUGCUCGCUAACGCCAUGUUCUAUCAGACUGGCGAGGAGACACCCAACGCUGAAGUUAAAAUAGGACCGAUUAGAUUAUCGACGAAGCAGAUCUCGAUCGCCAUAACGAGCAGCUUAGUGGUCUUACCCAUGAACAUGCUGAUUAUGAAUUUAUUCCGAAAAUCUCGUCCAAAGAAUCCACCAUCAGAGAACAGAAUUAAUAAGUUCUACGUCGGAGAAAAUGCGGGGGCGAAAGAGGACAAAGAUCAGAAUUUGGAGGAGGAGGGAGCGCAGGAGAAGGAUGAAGAAGCGAUGGAAGACGAUGAUUAUGUGAUAUCGAUGGAUGAGGAGAAAUCCGAGAAAACGAAAGACAAGCAGAAAGAGGAGAAAAAGAAGGAGAAGAAAGCAAAAAAGGAAAAAGAACCAUUCAUGCUUCCCUAUUGGGUGAUUUACAUUGCUUACGUUCUCGCCUUCCUGACAUGCGCAGUAUCAUCUUUAUUCACGAUCUUCUAUUCUCUGACGUUCGGGAAGGAAAAGUCUGAAGGCUGGAUCAGCGCUAUGAUGAUCUCCUUUUGGCAAGACGUUUUAAUAUCUCAGCCAAUCAAAGUCCUUGCCAUAGCGAUGAUCUUGGCGCUCAUAAUCAAAGACCCUGAGAAAAUUGACGACGGUACUAACCGGUCAGCGGAGUUAGGACACGACGAGGAAUGGAUCCACAGGGAUCCCGACAGUAACGAGAAGCUACGUCUUGGUAACUUCAUUCCGAAGCCACCAGGAGAAGACAUGCUGUACGAGCCGAGACAAAGACUACUGAAACAGAAGGAGAUGAAAGCGAUAAUCAAGGAAAUACUCGUGUAUUUUAUCUACAUCAUGGUCUUGUGUAUCGUCGCAAAUGGUAGUACAGAUCCACAGGCCUUCCAUAUAUCGAAAUUCACUACCGAGGUCUUUGCUGGCAGCUCGUAUGCAGGAUCAAGUCCAUUGGAUCAGGUCAGUGAGCCUGUCAACUAUUGGGCCUGGCUCCACCAAACUGUCAUCCCUUCCCUCAAGCCAAAUUACUGGUAUGGACCAUACGUAGAAGAGAGAGAAGAACAGCUGUGGACUGAAGAAAGCAUCAAACGGACCAGUAGACGAGGAUGGAACGUGAAGAUCCAUAAACGAACCUCGGGUGGUGCCGGAUCCGGGUCUUACUUUGAUAACUCUACUGUACAUAAGUUCCCUAAAGACGCUAUCGCGGAUAGUGGAACAGCUUAUGUUAUUGGAACAGCUCGACUGCGCCUUCUUAAAGUCAAGCCAGGGAACUGCGUGAUCCACCCGGUCCUAGAGAAGCACGUAUAUAGUUGCUCUGCUAAAUACUCAUGGGAGAAAGAAGAUGAAAGCCCUUACCUUCCUGGAUGGGUGGCGGUCAACGAGACGAUGCAAGAGGAACUGAAGAAAGACAAGAAGUCCCCCUGGGUCUGGCGGAGUGCAUGGGAUCUCAAAGGAACCCCUUAUUGGGGUAUAUUCAACACUUACUGGGGUGGGGGUUACGUGGCCAAUGUGAAUCCAAACAGGUUGGAAACCAUCAAGUCCAUGCAGAAGCUUGAGCUUGAGAUCUGGAUUGAUCGCUAUACAAGGGCAAUCUUUACCGAGUUCUCACUCUACAACGCAUAUUCUAAUUUCUUUUGCGUUGUGACGAUGCUGACUGAAAUCAUCCCUACAGGGGGAUAUUACCAUUACGUACAAUUCAGACCCAUCCGUCUAUAUCGCUAUACAGGACCCGAGCAGCUGACCAUAAUGGCGUUUGAAAUCAUCUAUUUCGCCUUUCUAUUCAUGUUCACAUACAGCGAAAUCAAAGAACUCUACAGACGCAGGAAAAAGUAUUUCGAGGAUCCUUGGAACUACUUGGAGUUUUUAGUCAUUGGAAUGUCAUUCUCAGCGGUUGGACUUUAUUUCGCUCGAUUCGCAUUCGGAAAAUUUGCCGUGAAAUCAAUGAAAGAAAACCCUAAUGAUUUCAUCAGUUUUACGUAUCUUUUGCUACUGGAGGAGUACCAGGUGGCUACGCUUGGAUUUGCUGUGUUUUUCGCUAUCUUGAAGUCUCUUCGCCUUCUGAGGUUCAACCGACGCAUGUCACUUUUAACCGAGACAGUCAAGGCCUGUGGUAAACCGUUAUUCUCCUUCUUUAUCAUGUUCAUGGUCAUCUUCCUUGCUUACGUCCAGUUUGCCAUCAUCGUUUUUGGACCUCAUGAUGAAAACUACAGCUCAUUCACCACGUGUGUCAGUACCAUGAUGUCCUUGACCUUAGGAGGAUUUGACUUUGACGCACUUAUGGCCAACAACCGUAUUUUUGGACCAAUCUUCUUCUUCACUUAUAUGAUAUAUGUCUUCAUGAUUCUAGUCAACGUCUUCUUGUCCAUCAUUAAUGAUACCCUAGCCGAGGUCAAGAGCGAUGUCGAUUUACAGCCCAAUGACUUUGAGAUAGUGGACUUUGUGAUGCACCAAAUUAAGAUGAUAGCUGGCUGGAGAGUUGGUCCAGCCAUUACGCCCCUCUAUAAACCAACCAAGACAAAGUUUGUACAAGAAGUGGACGCCAUCGAGUCGCUCGCCGAAAACAUCGAGUACGCCUUGAGCAACACGAUUGUCGAGGAUGAACGACAAAACAACUGGUUGAAACCGGAAAACAUGACGAGAAAGAAGCUUGUUCUGCUCAAUGCAGUGCUGCACAUCGAGGAGGAUUACAGCGAGGACGACCUGUCGAAUCUGAUUCCAUUAAUGGAAGAAUUCCUUAUCAGACAUACCGACAAGGAGGUAGCGAGGAUCAUUCUCGGUGAAUCAUCUGAAUGUGGCGACACAAACAUUUCGUUGAAAUGGGAGGGGGAAGGAAAUAGUUGCCAUGACUACGAGCAACUCAAUAAUCCCGCAGGCUCAAACAAAAGCUGUAACUAUGCUCAUCUCUAUGACAACGUUGGUGAUCGCUCAACACUGUCCACCAAGUCGGCUGAAGAAGACAAUGAAUCUGAUUUAGACUACGAGGUGAUGGAUGCUAACUCCACAACACAGGAAGACCACGGCCAAGACGACCUGUCGGAAACGAACUCAGCCUUAAGUGAAGCUGAUACGCAUGCGCAAGGAAGCAAAGAGAAAGACGACAGCCAAUCAAUGGGCACCUGUGUGAGUGACAUCAGCAUUGAAUCGGGAAAUCCCCGACAUCUCACUGCUGUCAAAAAUACUCAAUGAAGAACAACCUUCAGAGUUGGACGAAUAAUUAAUCACUGACAAGAAAAAAAUCUGGGAAUACGAUAAUAUUUUUUUGGGGGAAAUAAGGAGGGCCUCUCCAACAAAGAACUAAUGCUUGACUUUUUAAAAACCGAAAACUAAAUAUGAGAUGCACUGAAUCUAGUUUCAAGUAGACUAUAGAGCCUUAAAUUGACGGCGAAUAUUGCUGUAAACGCAUUAAAAACCAGCUAGGUUAUCUGCACCUAAAUACUAAAAACAACAUUGGCAUUUAUACAAUAACGGAUUCACUGCCUACAAUACGUAGAAUAAGUUGUUCUUGCGGUUCUAACUUGUUUUUUUACGACCAUGCACAACAAAAAGAGGCGACAAAAGACGACAGACAAACAAUGGUAGCUAAAGUAAUUCUAUUCGUGAAUCGAUCGUUUCUUCCUCAGGUUUCAUUCUCAAAUCUUUCUUGAUCGUGCCUUUAUGUUUGUAUCUGGUUUGUAUCCAUCCAUCUCACUCGGAUUAUAUUCGUGCUUCACUCGCGAGGUGCUCGGGCUUCUUUCGUAUUGCAUUCACUCAUAUAAACAUAAGCCAUUUGAACAAUGAACUGACUAAACUGUAGAUAUCGCUGCAUGUUCCAUAUAUAGAUGUCAGUCAGACACAAUACGUUAAUUUAAGGAAUGAUUCUUAGCAUGAAUAAAAUAUAAGUCACACAAAAGUGUCAGUAGUGGUAAAUAUAUCGAUGGCUUCCAAUCAUUCCCAAGGAAUUCAAGAGACAAAAACAUGGCGGCGACACUAGGGAAAAACGUUUGCGCAU